GGCAGAUAUCGGCGCCGCUGCAAUCGCCGUCGUGGCCACAUCGGCAGCGAGCAUAAAAGGGCGACGACGGCCGAGGCGCCGACCCGUGCUCGGAAGUUGUUUUCGAGGCGUUCGUGGCUGUUCGGGCGCUGCUUGUCUUCCGAUCUGCUUUGUCUGUCGUUUGUCUGUUUCGAUUCUGCUUUAUCGCGUUCGCUCCGCGUCUCGCAUUCGUGUGGCGUAGUUCGCGACGGAGAAGUCGAUUUGACUUUUGUCGUCAUUAAUUUGGUGAAUUGUGAAGUUUCAAGCCGAGAAAAUUGUGGAAAGAUUUCUUUAUAUUUUGAUAACGGAACUGUAGGAAGUUAUCGUGGCGAAGGCAAGUUUCGGCUGGUUUUGUGAAGGAUUUCUGUUUUCGUCAGCACAAGACUGCACGCAGUGGCGGAAGAGUGAAAAAGAGGGCACUCGUCUGGCGUCGAACGGUUAAAUCGUGUAUUUUGGUUCGAAAUUGGGCUGCGUUCUCGGUUUGUUGACUGGCGAAAGACUCUAUUCCUCGCGAUUUCGUAGGGGCUGUGCGAAGGAACGUAGCUAGGAGCAACCCCCUGGUUCCACGUCGUUCUAGCUGCGUGCACCGUUUUUUCAUUGUCUUUCGAGAAAAACUGAAUGCAAUAAGAUGGCGGAUAACGUAAUCGAGUCGGCCCCAAGUUCAUCGGUUCAGCAGGUCCCCGCGCCCGCGCCCAGUCUUGGUACGAAUCCCGUCUACCCGUUAAUAUCAGCUGAGAUUCAUGUCGCGGAUGCGAAUCCGCUGCCGCCCUCGUCGCGGUCGUCGUCUGAGGGCCCCUCGGGCAGCGGGUCCGGCGGUUCGGGCGGGUCCUCCGACCCGUCGGCCAUAGGGUCCUCGUCGGGGGCCACGACUAGGCCGCCCUCGGCCGAGGACGAGCCCGAAGCGAAACGGAAGAAAGUGGACUCGGGCAGAGCAGGACCCGCAGGCGCUCCGUCUUCGUCCACCGCCGCGCCCUCCCAUCAAGACAAGCUCGAAUAUCGUCUGGGUGGUAUUUUAUGUUGUGCUGUGUGUUUGGAUUUACCGAAAACGGCCAUGUAUCAGUGUCAAAUGGGACACCUAAUGUGCGCUGCUUGCUUUACUCAUUUAUUAGCCGAUGCACGACUUAGAGAUCAAAUUGCAACAUGUCCGAAUUGUCGUGUCGAAAUUUCCAAGAGCAAUGCAUCACGAAAUCUUGCCGUUGAGAAAGCUGCUUCUGAGUUACCCAGCGAAUGCCAAUUUUGCAAUCGGGAAUUCCCAAGUAAAUCUCUUGAGCGCCACGAACAACAGGAAUGUGAAGAGCGUCCAACCAAUUGCAAAUAUUAUCGUAUCGGAUGUUUAUGGAAAGGACCUGUUCAUGAAGCACCUGAACAUGAACAAAAUUGCUCACAUCCCAAGAAGUCUGGUUACGAGGUCAUGACCGCUUUGCAAGUGAAUGAUGCUAAAUACGAGGAGGAACGAAAAUUAUUUUCGACUUUGAUUGAUUUGUUGAGCUAUGAGAAAAUAAUUUUCAAUGACUUGCAAAUGAAGCCAUAUCGGACAGAUGAGUAUGUUCAUAAGCUCUUCUACGAAACAUCACGUUUUUCGGCUUUCAAUCACCAGUUCGUUGUGAAGGGUAGGAUUAACAAAAGCCAACGUGAUCCACAUCAGUCGAGUGAAAGACAAAUUACAUACCAGUUAAUUUUGAAAAGUAAAACAACCACACCACUUCAUAUCCAUUUCUUCGCGCUGAGAGGACCAUUCUCGGAGAUGAAAGUGAAUACUCAAAUCUACAAACACACGUUCUCAGACGAGAGUAACGAGAGUGAAUACUAUGUGCUACCCCUACCAGACAGUUCAGAGUGCAAUCGCUUGUUGGCGGCUAAGGCUAUUAACUUUAGAUUAUUAAUGUUUCUUCUAGCUAAGUAACAAGCUAAGUAGAAAAAGAAGAUCUAUAUAUUUUUAAGGUUUUAUUUAAAGAUCGACAAAAUUGUAUUUACAUUUAUUAUUAGAUUCAUAAAUUUUAAUAUAUUUACGAGAUAUUUGUUUUGUAUAUUGGCCUUAGAGAUUGCCAAGAUUGAACGUCAUGCUGUAUUAUGCAUGCUGAAUGAGAAAACGGUACAAUUUAAGCUUUCUUUGGUUGAAACCAUCCGUUUAUAACGCAUUGUUUAAUGUUUGCAUAUUCUGAACUUAAUUAAAAUUGAGUAACGUCUCAAACAAGAUUUCUUAUUGGAAGUUGUAGGUAAAGAACUAAGCGUAAUAAAUAUUAUUAAGGGUGCAUACAAAAUUUACGCGACAACAUACAUCUCAGCGUGAACGAAAUCGUCGCUUGCAUGGUUAGUGCAUUUAGGAAGGUAUCAAAAGUAAUAUCCAUAUCCUAUCUUUCCGCCUGAAGACAAAUUGAAUCCAAUUUCAGACCAUGAAAAACCUUAAUGGCGUUAUUAUAUCUGUCAAUGCAAAAUCGUUUUUAACAUUGUUUUAAUUUGAAACGUUUCUUAUUACUUAGCGGAGGUGAGGUAAAGCUACUGCUGUCCGUUUUAUCUAUAUUUUGUUUUGCUUAAAACAAUUUGAAGAGAUACAAAACAAAAUAUCUUUUAAAUAUUUCUAUUUUUAGUUAAGUGAAAAACAGGAAAAAGCUAAAGUAAACGAUUAUGUAUAAACUUCAAUAAUCAUUAGCUAUUACAAUGUGUGAUUUUUUUAAUACCUCAACUUCACAUUUGUUUCUUUCUCUCUAAAGAAAUUCAUUAUAAUUAAAAUGAUUGUUUGUCAUUGUCUUAAGAAAAA